GCCCAAUCAAACACGCCGUUGGGUGUCACGUGACUGAAUGCGGAAGUGCGCGCUGUGUUUAUCGAAUGACCCGCAAACAACUGUUAAUAACCAGCUAACUUAGUAUAAUAACCGACGGCCAGCCUUCAUUAUGCGCGUUUAACCAGCAGGCGUCUGAAGGAUGAUGAGGAGCUUUCUGGAAGUGAGCUGAAGAACCGUCACCAUGACCGUGGUUUGCCUACUGGACGGCUGCGCGCUGUGUCUGUGCCACAGACCGGGACGUGUGUCUGCCGUCCUGUCUGCGUCCGCGCUGAGGAGCCUGACCUGUAGGAAGAGCUGGAGGCCCGGGCGCAGCCGGAGGUUCUGGUUCUGCAGGGCAGGAUCGUACGCAAACAUCUCGGCCUUCAGCACGUCGACGCGCCGCGGGGCAGCCGACCUGAGAUAUCACGCGUCCCGUCUGAGGAGCGUUCUAGACUCAGCAUGGAAAGCAGCGAGUGGGACACGACUCAAAGCCAUAACCGUUACCAUGACCGUGGUCUGCCUGCUGGACGGCUGCGCGCUGCGUCUGUGCCACAGACCGGGACGUGUGUCCGCCGUCCUGUCUGCGUCCGCGCUGAGGAGCCUGACCUGUAGGAAGAGCUGGAGGCCCGGGCGCAGCCGGAGGUUCUGGUUCUGCAGGGCAGGAUCGUACGCAAACAUCUCGGCCUUCAGCACGUCGACGCGCCGCGGGGCAGCCGACCUGAGAUAUCACGCGUCCCGUCUGAGGAGCGUUCUAGACUCAGCAUGGAAAGCAGCGAGUGGGACACGACUCAAAGCCGAGGAGACCUCAAGCCUGCCUGCUGCUCUGCCCCCCACACUUGUUGCUACGACAACUGAGAUCCAGGAAGAGAAGGUGUGCAGAGUGACCGGAGCAGCCCCGCCCACUAUACCACAGGCUCCACCCACCAAACAGGCCACGCCCCUCUUCUACCCAGGCUCCCUCAGCAUUUAUCUGGGCGAGACUUACGACUAUGUGUCUCAGCAUAUCAACUCUUACUUCAGCAGCUUAACUAAACCCGGCCCAGAUGUCACCCAGCCCGCGUCCUCUCGCCUGGAAAUGCCUUGCGCCGAACCGUCUUUCUCCCUCGGAAAAGGACUCGGGAGCUACUUGAACUACUCGCUGCCGAGCGUCCAGGGCUUCAUAGGGAACUACAUUACGCCGCUGGUCCCCCGGUUCAGAACGGAGCCCAAAAGCACGUCGGUGGAGGCAGAUGAAGCUGCUUCUGAUGAUGCUGAAUGCAAGGAAACGGUCCAGAGUGAAGCUCAGAGAGCAGCGGAGGAGAGAGCCAGACGCCUGCAGCUCCAGAGAGAGAAGGCUCUGCCCCCCACACUUGUUGCUACGACAACUGAGAUCCAGGAAGAGAAGGUGUGCAGAGUGACCGGAGCAGCCCCGCCCACUAUACCACAGGCUCCACCCACCAAACAGGCCACGCCCCUCUUCUACCCAGGCUCCCUCAGCAUUUAUCUGGGCGAGACUUACGACUAUGUGUCUCAGCAUAUCAACUCUUACUUCAGCAGCUUAACUAAACCCGGCCCAGAUGUCACCCAGCCCGCGUCCUCUCGCCUGGAAAUGCCUUGCGCCGAACCGUCUUUCUCCCUCGGAAAAGGACUCGGGAGCUACUUGAACUACUCGCUGCCGAGCGUCCAGGGCUUCAUAGGGAACUACAUUACGCCGCUGGUCCCCCGGUUCAGAACGGAGCCCAAAAGCACGUCGGUGGAGGCAGAUGAAGCUGCUUCUGAUGAUGCUGAAUGCAAGGAAACGGUCCAGAGUGAAGCUCAGAGAGCGGCGGAGGAGAGAGCCAGACGCCUGCAGCUCCAGAGAGAGAAGAUCGUGGCGCGGGUGAGCGUGGAUAACCGGACUCGGGCUCUGGUUCAGGCUCUGCGCCGGGUGUCAGACGUGCGGCUCUACAUCCGUCGGGUGGAGGAUCUCAGUCUCCAUCUGCUGGAGUUCCCAGAAACACGAUCGGUGGCCGUAAAGGAGCGUGUGAUCCCGUGUCUGCUGCGUCUGCGUCAGGCCGGUGACGUGUGUUUGCAGUCCGCGGUCCGACAGGCUCUGGCUCUGCUGGGCUUCACUGAGCCCGUGAGGAAGCGCGGCAUCCGGAUCCUGGCCAUCGAUGGAGGGGGGACCCGGGGUCUGCUGGCCCUUCAGAUGCUGCGCAGCUUACAGGAGCUGUCAGGAAAACCUGUCCAUCAGCUGUUCGACUACAUCUGUGGCGUCAGCACAGGUGCGAUCCUGGGCUUCAUGCUGGGUGUCUUCCAGAUCCCGCUGAAGGACUGUGAGGAUCUCUACAGGACGCUGAGCUCAGACGUCUUCAAGCAGAACCUGAUCGUGGGAACGGUGAAGAUGAGCUGGAGUCACGCUUUCUACGACAGCCAGAUCUGGGAGAAAGUGCUGAAGGAGAAGAUGGGCUCGGACCUGCUGAUCCAGACGGCUCGCGACCCCGACUGUCCCAAAGUGGCGGCUGUGAGCACAGUGGUGAACCGCGCUCCUCCGGUGAAGGCCUUUGUCUUCAGGAACUACAGCCUGCCGGUGGGGGUGCGGUCACAUUACCGCGGCUCCUGCAGACACCGGCUGUGGGAGGCCAUCCGAGCCUCGUCUGCGGCGCCGGGAUACUUCCAGGAGUUCGCUCUGGGAGACGACCUGCACCAGGACGGCGGGAUGCUGAUCAACAACCCCACGGCUCUGGCCAUCCACGAGUGCCAGUGUCUGUGGCCGGACGUCCCGCUGCAGUGCGUGGUGUCUCUGGGGACGGGACGCUUCCAGACGGCCGGCAGGACCAGCGUCUCCUACACCAGCCUGAAGACCAAACUCAGCCACGUCAUCAGCAGCGCCACCGACACCGAGGAAGUGCACACUAUGCUGGACGCUCUGCUCCCGCCGAACACGUACUUCCGCUUUAACCCCUACAUGAGCGAGGACGUGGCUCUGGACGAGAGCCGAGAGGAGAAGCUCUCACAGCUGCAGGCCGAGGGUCUUCAGUAUCUGAAGAGGAACCAGGAGAAACUCCAGCGAGCCGUCAGCGAGCUCACGCGAGACAAGAGCCCCACGCAGAGACUGAGCGAGUGGCUGCGGCUCAGAGCGCUCAUGCACCAGGGGUUCUACAAGAUCUAGAGGAAGCACGCUCUGGAUCACUGAUGGGACUGUGGAUCUGAGGAGCUUCAUGAGGGACACAGUUAAAGACUCACGCUCAGGGACUGACUCGGUUCAGAUCAUCAGGGCAAUAGACCACUGUUUUAUUUGAUCUUAUUUAUAUUAUUUUUAAUUCAUUUUAUAUUAUUUUAUUUUAUUA